CCACAACUUUACUCGUGGCACCACAUGUAAAAAAAAAAGUUUCAUACGCACGUUAGCCGUGAUGGAAAACGAGCAACCGCUUUAUGCCCGCGUGAGACGUGAGGAAGGUUCUCACAGGCAAAUUGUCGAACACAUGAUAGGCUUUAAUCGAGUGGAUCCCUAAACUCAAAAAACCUUCUCCAUCUGAAUUUGCAACCAAAUCUGCUUUACCGAAAGCUAAAAGGGAACCUAGAAAUGGAGUGAAAUGGUUUCAUGCGGCAGCAAUUAGAAUGUGGAAGUCAAUUAGUCAAGCGGGACAACAACAAUGGACGUUUUAGUAAAGUUAGAUUUGUUUGAAAUCAAGGUGUGUUUUCGUCUCAGUGUUUUGAUCUUAAUUUUGCAGUCUUUAGUGUUGACGUUUCAGUUUUAAAACCAAUGAUUUAUUCCAUUUUCAAAAACCAAGUCUUCAUUAGAAAUGGCUCCUGGAUUCCACCAACUUGUGCUAAGAAUGCGAGUUUUCUUCGAAUAAUUUCAGCGUUAGUUGUUAGAUAUGAAUCUGGAAUCGCAGAAAGUAGACACUGGUUUAAGACUUCUUACCUCAUAAACACAAUUGGGCUGUCUCCGCAAUCUGCUGUAUCAGUGUCUAAGAAGCUCCAUUUUGAGACCUCUAAACAACCAGACACUGUGAUUUCCUUCUUAAAAAAACAUGGCUUUUCAAAAACCCAGAUAAGAAACAUCAUUCAGAGAUGGCCUGAAUCUCUUUUGUGCAACCCUGAGAAAACCCUUUUUCCCAAACUUCAAUUCUUUUACUCCAGAAGGAUUUCACGUUUUCAACUUCUAAGAAUCUUGGCUGUAAACCCAAGUGUCUUCAGAACUAGUUUAGAUAACUCCAUCAUCCCAAACUUCAACUCCUUCAAGGAAUUCACUAGAUGCGACGAUGAUCAGGUGUUUUUAGCAUACAAGAACGAUUCUAGCAUUCUUACGCGUAAAUUUCAAUCCGUUUUUGCUCCUAAUCUUGCAAUCUUGAAAGAAUCCAGCGUGCCUGAAUCAACUAUUAUUGUUGAACUUGUCCUUCACCCAAGAAUCUUUUCAGUCAAGCCUGAUAAGUUUAGAGGAAUAGUUGAAGAAGUAAAGAAACUAGGAUUUGAUCCUUCAAAACGUAGUUUCCUUACAGCUGUUCAAGCAUUCUUACAGCUUAGCAAAUCGACAUGGGAAAGGAAGAUCGAUCUUCUAAAACAAUGGGGUUGGUCUAAUGAAGAAGUUGUUUCAGCUUUCGAGAAGUAUCCGAAAACCAUGAUGUUUUCAGAGCAGAAGAUCAGUGCGAUAAUGAGCCUUUUUGUCGACACAAUGGGAUGGAAAUCGUCGUACAUUGCUAAGCGUCCGGUUCUUCUUGCGUAUAACUUGGAGAGGAGAAUUAUCCCCAGGUGUUUGGUUCUUCAAGCUUUGUUAUCCAAAGGUUUGAUCCAGAAAUUCAGUCUUAAUCUUCUGGUGGAGUCUACUGAAAAGAAAUUCCUUCAAAGGUUUGUCAUCCCUUAUAAAGAUCCUUAUUUACUGAAACUAUAUGAGCAAAAGUUGGGCCUUCCAGAAUAAAUAGCAUGAUUGUAUGUCACUCCGACUUGUAUGUAUCAAACUCCACUAUAAUUAGAUAUUUCUACAUUUUUUCACGCACAUGAACACUGAUAAGUAUGGUUUAGAUGCUAAAACUGCCAUGAUUGUUUGAAGGUUGAGUUUUUCUCCACCUUCUUCAUUUGUCUUUUUAUUUUCAUCUGUCUUAAUUUUGUAUAUUAUUAGAUGAUUUGACAAAUAAUAUAAGUUAAAUAGAAAACUAAAAUAACUUUUCAUGUAAA